GUAACGUGCGUUAUACGAGUGCCCGAAAGCCAGACGUCGAGAUGCCGCAAAGGUUUCUGGGUAUGCGGAGGGAGCCAUAUUUUUCCAAUAUCAGUUACGCGAAAACAGCGUACGCAUAGGAUCUGCAGAAUGGAAUUUCGUUCGAUAGUCGGUGCGGGAGAAGUGUUUAACGAAAGAAAGUGAUUGCGAGGUAAACAACGGGGGAUCAGUGUACGAGAGCGAGGCGGCCGUGCCAGUCAGAAUAUAAUAAGCGUGCGUUUUCACGCGAUCAAGAAGUGAGGUUCGGUGAAAACGAUGAGCGCGGCCCGCGCAGGUGUUCGAGUCGAGAAGAGGGUUAGUUAACUUAACCCGAGUUCGUAACCGCGACUGGUGGUAGUGGUGGUAGUACUAGUGGUGGUGGUGGUGGUGGAGGUAGUAGUGGUGGUGGUGGUGGUGGUGGUGCUACUGCUGCUGUGACGAUGACACAGCGUCAUAACACGACGUACGUCCGUCCGUGCGAUUUAACGCGAAUUGUUACGGCGAUAUAAAAGUGUUUUUUGUACCGAGAGUGCGUUCGCGCCGUUACCGAUCGAGUAAGUCGUGGCUCGGUCGUUAUUAACCUUUGCGUAUUCGAGUGCCGAGGAAAAUGGCUUUCUACUCUUCUGGUGUGCGUGAACGAAGAUUCGGAGCAGCGUAUUUUUUUAGUGACAGUGGCUCGCAAUGACAUAAUUGAGCGAUGCUGGCCGUUUCUUAGUCGGAGGAUGCGUGCAUGUGAAACGGAGUAAUAAGAAUUACGACCACAACCGCGAAUAACGUGACGGGGACCGUGGCAAUGACACAACGACCUCAACGACCUGACUUUCUUCACAAAGUUCAAUUUUUCUCUCUCGGCGCGUUGCAGUUUCCUUUCCAUCGUCUCGUCGAAAUCGAGUUAGACCCGGUUGCUCGUCAGUGUUCGCGGCGUUCGGAAAGAUCCGUGGUUCGUGUCGUUCGCUUUUUCGGAGUAACCUACUGCACGCGUCACGAAUAACAGCGUGUGUCCAACAGUCUAGGUUAGUCGAAUGCUUGGCCUCAUUGUGUUGUUUCGACGUGACUGAAUCGGCGAGCGAGACAAAUGAGCGAGCCGUCGCUUUGCAAAUCGACCUUGCAAGUGACAGCAGAAGCGUAAUUUCCUAAUAAACAAUGUUAUCUAGCCUGGCUCACGUCGAACCCGUACAGUGAAUGAAAAUAUCAGAGGAAUUACGUUCCUCCUGCUCCACGAACGUCGUAUAAAUUUAUUUACUUGUUCGUUAACGCAAGUAACUAUUAAAUGUUAAGUUGUCCUCUACGGAAGAAACCUGUUGGCUCGUACAAGUUGUCCACGCAAUUGGAAGAAAGAACGAGAUAACGCCUCUUACAAAUUAUUUUUCAAAACAGAAACGCAUCGACCGAUUCAUAGAAAGUGUCGACUCAUCGUAUUAUUUUCCCGAGAGACGUGUGACCGUUCGGACGAGAAUAUAUAAAUAACACGGACGUGAUCCCCAAUGCAUUGGAAUUGCAAGAAACCAACGAAACUGGCACGUAUCAUGGUAGAAUGCUCCGAUACGUAGGAGAGAGGUUAGACGGGCAUUGACCGGUGAAUAGCGCGUGUUUGUCGUCCGACGGAUAUACUCCAAUUUCAAAAUCUUGGCAUCUCUUGUUCGAGGCUCUACCAGGGAGAAGAUCGAGAAAGGGAGGAGUGUUCGCGAACGAAUUUUGCGAAAGAAAUUGACGAAGAAAGAUUGAGAAUCCAACGAAAACAAAAAAAGGAAAGAAAAGAAAAGAAAACGAAAAGGAAAAGGAAAAAACAAACAAUCGGUGAAAUUAUCGGUCCUGGCGUGCGGUGCGCGGUAAUGCCGAGGAUGUCGAAGAACGAGAACGUGGAUGACGGAACGUGUGAGAUUAUUCCGAUGAUCGGUGAGCGUGCGUGGCCAAGAAGAACGACCGAUAGAACGCGGUGGAUUUCGGUGGUGGGAAACGCGUGAUCAUUUCCGUUUAUGGAGGAUGCGGCAGGACCGAAAGGUGUCUCUAUGUAGGCGUGCUACCUGCGUUUGUGCAGUGAUGUCGGUGUCGGGGUUACUUGCAGCGCUGCUGGACCUGGACCAUGGCCGGCAAGCCUGAGCAGCCGUCCACGCACUCUGCUCUCCCGAAUCACAGCCAUCAUCAUCAUCAUCAUCAUCAUCACCAUCAUCAUCAUCAUCAACAGCAGCAGCAGCAGCAGCAGCAGCAGCAUCAGCAUCAUCCUCAUCAUCAUCAUCAUCAUAACCGACAACAGCAACAACAGCAGCAGCAGCAGCAGCAGCAGCAACAACAACAACAACCACAACAACAACAACAACAGCAGCAGCAAGAACAACAAAAUCCUCAGCACGCACAGGAGAUUCAGCAAAAUAGUGUUCUAGUCUACGUUUCGGGAGAGAAUUUCGCAUACGCGACGGCGGUCGGUCAGAAUGCCGCCGCCGCUGCUGCUGCUGCUACCGCAGUCGGCUAUCAGUCCCCGCAGCAGGCGACGUACGCCGGCAUUUUGCCGCCGCAGGUGGCGACGGCGGCGGCGACGUUUCCCGCCAAAACCGCCAUUUAUUGCAACGAUAAUAACAGCGCCACCGUGGCCACGGUAAACAAUUGCUGCCGAUUAAAGCCAGCCGGCGAGUAUGCGUCGACCGAUGGCGAGUCGAGCCGAUCGGCACGAUCCAUGUCCAACAGUAACACCGAGGACGAAGAGGACUACGGUACGUCUAUCGUCACGAACAACGGUUUGCUCUACAGACAGACGACGACGACGACGACGAAUCUGAUUCAAACGACCGGCACGUCCGCGACCACGACGAUGACGUGCGUGGUGUCGGCGUGCGACGGCAAGAACACGGCGAGCCGAGGCCCGUUGGAAAAUGACACGGCCAACAGCGCGGAGAACAACGUGGAGCUGGCGAUCGGCAAGGUCGCGAACGCCGGCGACAUGCUGUCCAACAAAUUAUUUCCAUCGAGGAUUCACAGCGGUGAGAUUUACCCGAGCGGUGCGAGGCUAGUGGCCGACGCGGGUUACAGCAACACCGGUGGCCAGAUCACGGCGCAGGGUAACCUCGGCGAGGGUUGCGUCGGUCUUCUAACCGACGACGCUUGUGUCGCGUACGUACGGCAGGCAAACGAAUCGUCUCAAGCGUCCGCGGGUGUGUUCCAAGGCGACGGUGUCGAGCAACGCAUUAAUAUGGACGACAGCAAGAGCCGGCAGCAGGACGGUUUCGAUAACCAAACCGGCUCGUCGCUUUCCUCGUCUGGUUCGAACGUCGGUGUUGUCGGCAGUGGUGGUGGCGGUAGUGUUGUCGUUAUCGGUAGUGGUGGUAGUGUUGCAACUAGCUGCGACUCUGUCCGAUCUGAUACCGGUGAAUCGUCGACUUACAGUAGCCUAAGCAGUCCCGAGAGUCAAAGUCAAUCGGCGCACGAUGGUUUGCCUGUCGCGAACAGUGGCGGUUCGUGCGCGCAGCAGGCUGCGCGCCAGCCGCAGCUCCCGCGCGUCAACGCUUCCAACAACAGUAACAACAAUCCCGUUCAACAAAAUGUAGUGCUGACGAUGAACGGUAGUGCAGUGGUUGCGCAGCAACAACAGCAACAACAACAACAACAGCAACAGCAGCAGCAGCAGCAGCAGUUCCAGCAAGCGAUUACCGUACCACGUGGAUGGAAAAGGAUAUGCACCAACGGGGUCAUCAUUUAUAUCAGAGUCUGUUCGAGGGUCACUUUCAUCUUUUCCACCGCGUCUUUUUUACGGCUGUCCCCGGCCAAGAUGCCACGCAUCCUCCGCUGUCUCCUCCUUUUCUCUCUCUUUCUCUCUUGCGAGGCAUUCGGCCUCUGCCGGAACGUGCAAAAAUUGCACGGAUUAAAUUCUCUGAUCAACGCCGCCAGGACGAGCAAAUUUCUAGCUUGUUGAUGCAGCCUAGAAAAAAAUGUCCUUCUUGAUACAUUUCCUUUUUUCAAAUAAAGUGCUCUAACGUCAGCUUGUAUUUUUCUAUUCUGCAAAAAAAAAAAAAAGAAAAAAAAAAAAGAAUUCGAAUUGUUCGAGUAGAAUUACGAAAAAGAUGGUUACUUGGGUCUAAGCAGAUAGGGAUCUCGACAGUGGGGAAACUGUGGUGACGGGACGCAUCGUUGUAUCGAACAGAGUAAGUCGACUCCUCGAAAUGUACUAGCAAGGCACAAAAGGCAUUACUUCGUGGCGUGAUCGUUUACAAGUCUGUCCCAAAUCUCGUUAAAACGAUCCUACCUGGACUGGCACGAGUCACGGUGUUUGCAGGCCUUUAGCAAACAAUGCUCCGUUACCUGCAAUUCCAAAUAAUCCCAGCUCACCGGGCCAGUCUUUCUCUUCCACCACUAAUAACGAUCAUGAUCUUUCUAACUAUAUUUAUGUACGUCUACUUUACUUGUGUAUACCUACUUUAUGUACAUCUGUGUACUUUGUGCCGUAUUUAUUCUCGAAACGAAUUGGUGCAUUGUCGAGCGCGACGAAUUGCACAGAGCUGAGUCUCCAUUUCAAACAUAACGAGACGAGACCGACUUUGAAGAUUCGUUCGCGACGAAGAGGAUUUCCAGGUUAAUUGUUUCAAGAAUCCUAAUUAAUCCCUCGUCGUAGACGCAGCGAUUUCG